CGCCGCUCUGGGGGCUUUGUUCUCCUUAGGAUCUGGUCUUAGCUGUUCCGGCCCUACUCUCGCUUGCUCCACUCGUCCCUGUCUAUUAUUAAUAGGUUGAUAGGUUGAUAGGUUGAAGUGUGCACAAUGGUUGGCAUUGGUCUUGCUUUUUCGGCGAUUCUCGCUGCCCAGGUCUCCCUUGCGAGUCCCGUGGGGUCACGAACGCCAUAUCGUGUUAAGGAUACGCACCAUGUUCCAAGAGAUUGGAAGCGAGUUCGUCGCGCGCCUGCUGACCAUGUAAUUGACCUUCAAAUUGGCGUAAAGCAAAGCAAUUUCCCAGAGCUCGAGAGGCAUCUAUACGAAGUUUCUGACCCGGACCACCCACGCUACGGUCAGCAUCUUUCCGCCGAUGAGGUGAAAGAGCUGGUCAAGCCUACUGAUGAGACGCUCGACCUCGUCCACGAGUGGCUAGCGGACAACGGGGUCACUCCGUCAGGAUAUAGCUCAGCUAAGGAUUGGAUCACGGUGUCUUUGCCAGUCAAGGCUAUCGAGCGUCUCCUUGACACGGAGUACCACGUUUAUGAGCACAAGGAUGGGGGUGUAGUCGCUCGGGCUCCCAAAUGGUCUCUUCCGCUUCAUCUGCAUGAUAAGAUCGAUACGAUUCAGCCUACCAAUUCGUUCUUCCGUGCUCGCGCCGAGAAGUUUGACCAUGUCGAAGCGCCGGUGUACCUUGACCCCCAAUAUACACCACCUACGAAUGAGAACAUAAGCGCAGUUUGCAACGUUAGCUCCGUCACGCCUGAGUGCUUCCAGACUCUUUACUCGACCAAGGGCUACAAAACUCGCGCUUGCGGCAAGAACAAGAUUGGGUUCAACAACUUCCUUGGUGAGCAUCCUAUUCGGUCGGACGGGGAACUCUUCCUCGCCAAGUACCGGCCGGAGGCGGUCUCAAGCGCAAAGGAUUUCCCACAAAUCACGAUUGCAAACGGGCCUGGUGACUACGCUUUGACACCAGAGGAAAUCGAGUCGAGCACUUCUAAGGAGGCUAACCUGGACCUCCAGGCCAUUGCCGGCAUAAGCUGGAAGACUCCAAUCAUCAGUUACUCGACGGGGGGCAGCCCGCCUUUUAUCCCGUCGGUUUCCACUCCCGACAACACGAACGAACCCUACCUUGUAUGGGUGAACUACCUGCUUGAUCAAAAGUCUUUCCCGCAAGUUAUUACGACCUCGUAUGCCGAUGAUGAGCAGACUGUUCCAGAGUCGUACGCCCGACGUGUCUGCCAGCAGUUCGCUCAGGUGGGUGCUCGUGGUACUUCAUUAUUGUUUUCUAGCGGCGACAGCGGCGUCGGAUCGUACGGCGAGUGUAUAAGCAACGACGGCAAGAACACGACCAAGUUUCUCCCCGAGUUCCCACCCAGCUGCCCCUAUGUAACGGCAGUUGGUGCUACGAAGAACUUCGAACCCGAAGUCGUGGCGUACCGCCCCGCGUUUGUUGGCCCUGAUGGGGUUGCGCAUGGUAACUACACCAGUGGCGGUGGAUUUAGCAACUACUUCGACGUACCUGCGUACCAAGCGAAGCAGGCUACCAACUACGUAAAUAACCUUAAAGGCCUGUACGAUGGUCUAUAUAACAAGAAAGGCCGUGGUUACCCGGAUAUAUCUGCGCAGGGACUUUACUUCGCAUAUUUCUGGAACGGAACUGAGGGAACUAUUAGCGGUACUAGCGCUAGCUGCCCUCUGACGGGUGGAAUUAUCUCGUUGGUAAAUGACGCGCUCAUUUCGUCGGGCAAACGGCCGCUGGGCUUCUUGAACCCGUGGCUGUACUCGAAGGGAUACAAAGGGUUGACUGAUAUCGUAAGUGGUAGUGCUGUCGGAUGUGGUGUUGACGGUUUCCCAGCGGUUGAAGGAUGGGAUCCUGUUACUGGCCUUGGGACACCAAUCUUCCCAGAGCUUGUCGCAUUAGCAGGUGGGAAACUGACCCGUUAAUGAGAUAUUCUCCGAUCUGCAACUCGCUCCAUUAGUAUAUCUUGCCCCAGAAAAAACAACCAAUAUAACACCUUUAUCUGUGACUGGCGAAUUAACAGCUUUGUCUAAGCCUAAUUUGAAUGAAUUGUUUUCCAAGCUGUAUGUGUAUAUGUAUGCGUAUGAUUAAAAG